AUGGCAAACAUUGUACUCCCUCUCUCCUCCCUUCUUCUCGCUGCUGGCGCCAUGGCGGCCAUUGGCCCAGUCACUGACCUUCAAAUCACCAAUGUGGAGCUGGCACCAGACGGCUACACUCGCGACACCGUGUCUGCUGGAAGCGUGUUCCCAGGCCCGCUCAUCACGGGAAACAUGGGUGACACUUUCCAGAUCAACGUCAUCGACGAACUGUCUGACAGUAAUAUGCUCAAGACAACGUCGGUGCAUUGGCAUGGUCUAUUCCAAUCUGGUACCACAGGCAUGGACGCAGGUGUUGCUUUUGUUAGCGAAUGCCCCAUUGCACCCAACAACUCCUUCACAUACGACUUCAGCGUACCCGAUCAAGCAGGAACAUUUUGGUACCAUUCGCAUCUUUCUACUCAAUACUGCGAUGGCCUGCGUGGUCCUAUGGUCAUCUAUGACCCUAACGACCCGCACGCAUCGCUGUAUGAUGUUGACGAUGACACUACCAUCCUGACUCUCGCGGAUUGGUACCACGUUUUUGCCCCAGAUGCUGGUUUGGUUCCGACGGCCGAUGCUACUCUCAUCAACGGCCUCGGUCGUUACGCAGACGGUCCGGCAUCGGACCUUGCGGUUAUCACGGUCGAGUCAGGCAAGAGGUACCGCAUGCGUAUGAUCAACAUGGCCUGCGAUCCCAACUACACCUUCUCCAUCGAUGGGCACACCAUGACCAUCAUUGAAGCCGACGGUGUCAACGUCGACCCACUGGGUGUGGACUCGAUUCAGAUCUUCGCUGGUCAACGCUACUCCUUCGUUCUCGAGGCCAACCAGACCGUCGACAACUACUGGGUCCGCGCACUCCCAAGCGCGGGUACCACGUCCUUUGACGGCGGUCUCAACAUGGCUAUCCUCAGGUACUCUGGUGCCGACGAAAUCGACCCAACAACGAACCAAACUACGAGCACCAUGGCCCUUGCCGAGACGGACCUCCACACUCUUGGCGCGACUGCGGUAGCUGGGACUGCUGAGCAGGGCGGUGCCGACGUUAACUUGAACUUGGCUGUCGCUUUCGAUGCUACCGCCUUGCAGUUCACUGUGAACGACGUUCCCUUCACCCCUCCCACCGUCCCCGUCCUCCUCCAGAUCCUGUCUGGAUCGAAGUCAGUCCAAGAGCUCCUUCCAUCCGGUAGUAUCUACACCGUUGAGAGGAACAAGACCAUCGAGGUCUCUAUUCCUGCCGGUGCGGCGGGCGGUCCUCACCCUCUGCACCUUCACGGCCACGUCUUCGAUGUCAUCCGGAGUGCAGGCAGUGAUACCUAUAACUACGUGAACCCCGUCCAACGCGACGUCGUCUCUAUGGGCGUAGAUGGCGAUAAUGUUACCAUCCGGUUCACUACCGACAACCCUGGCCCCUGGAUCUUGCACUGCCACAUCGACUGGCAUCUUGAGGCCGGGUUCGGUAUAGUCUUCGCAGAAGACGUCAACAACACCGCGUCUGCUAAUGUCGACACCAGCGCGUGGGACGAUCUCUGUCCUAUCUACGACGGGCUUACCUCGGACCAGCUCUAA